GCGAGGGCAAGACGUAUUGCGAGGAACCAACAAGAAGACGCGCACAAGUUAGGAAGAGGCAUCUAAAGUGCGUGUAUCAUAGCUGUCUGCGUUUAACCGCAUCACACUAGUGUUUAAGGUGAUCAUUAUAGACGUGCAAAGGAAGAGUGAACUAUCUCCAAAGGUGAUUGUAUUUUCAGUUUUUUAGCUACGUUUGCGAGGACUUCAGAUAGAAAGACGACCGUGCAACUCCAAGAAAUCUGAGCGGCGGAGCGUUUUGGGACGAGGAUAAGUUUUUGUUCCCGAUUCGAUUUUUUUAUUUUUUUAUUUUUUUUGUUUAAGUUGUAUUUCUGGUUCAUAAUGAAUGCUAGAGAUGAGAACCUGCUGAAAGCGAUCAGCAAUGACACCCUAUUGGACCUCACGCAGCGGUACGGACAGUCCGCGCUCAGCUUCGGCGCUGGCCAUGGUGCUGGAAGCCCCGCGCGGUACCCCCUCACACCCGCUGCCGAUUUCCUGUCGAAUCAAACAGGAAAGUCCAACGAGAGUGGCGGAGAGCACACUAGUGACGACGACGACGGAUUCGACCUAGACUCUCGGAAGAGAAGUUCGGGCUUUGACGACGACAAGCACCCCGGUGCUCUUGCCAAGAAGCCAAAGGAACAGAGGUCUCUUCGGUUGAGCAUCAAUGCUCGAGAGCGGAGACGGAUGCACGACCUGAACGACGCGCUGGACGGUCUGAGGGCUGUGAUUCCGUACGCGCACAGUCCGUCUGUAAGAAAACUAUCCAAAAUCGCAACUUUGCUCCUUGCGAAAAACUACAUUCUAAUGCAAGCGCAAGCGUUGGAGGAAAUGCGCCGGCUGGUAGCUUAUCUAAAUCAGGGGCAGACAAUAUCGUCGCCCAUUCCGACCGCGCUGGCUCCGUUCGGACAAGCGGCUGUAUACCCGUUUUCGGGCACGGCAUUGGCUACCUGCGCGGAGAAAUGCGCGUACUCCGGGACACCUUCAAGUCUGUUCAAACACUGCAAUGAUAAACCUUGACUUUCACGCGCGUCCCUGAACUUUACCCGCAGCCUCCUUCCGUUGGUCCCACCUCGAGUUUGAUAUGUCUUAUUGGGAAAGGACUUUAGCCUAAUACAUAAUCCUACUACAUAUUUAAAUAAUUGCGAUGUUUUAUCCAGAUUUACCAGAUGAUGUAAAAAUAUCUGUGUGUACUGGGGCCACGAUGUAUUUGGAAUGAGUGUCUAAAUCCUUCCGGUUUCGCUGCUUUUCUCCUCUAUCCUCAAUUAAGCAAAAACAUCGGUAACAAAUUGUGAUAUAAUGGAUUGCAUUGGAAUGCAUGUACAGUUGUUCCUCUGGGAAACAGAUCAUUCUCAUAUAAGUCGCAAACGGUUUUCAUAGCUGUAAUGGUCAUUGAGAACCUCAGAAGUCUCCCCUAGCAAUUUAGUGUAUAUUAUUGGUAAUCUAUGCAACAUUCCACCGUGACAAAGACAUGGCCCGAAGAUUUCUCAUAUAUAUUCCGCCACCAGAGCGCGAGUUGUUUGUCAACAAUCAGAUUCGGCGAAGCAUAAUUCUCCCACCCUCUCUUCUGUCAGUGCUUUGUGGAGAAAACGCCGUGUGACACAGUUCGAAAUUGUAGGCCUAUGAAGAUGAUUUUGGAUAUGUAAUUGCACAGAUCAUUUGAUUGUAUUGUACAACUGUGAAGAACUACUUGAUAAAAGCCUAUACCGGCAAAACAUUUGGUCUUGUUGCUACAUGAGUUUCAUAUAUUGUUUAUACGUCUUUAUAAUUAAAACAUAUCUAUGAUCAA